AUGAAUCCUCCUACUUAUACUGGUGACUUAACUGAAGAUGCGUAUGAGUUUAUAGUUAGUUGUCAUGAGAGGUUGCAUAAUGUUGAAUUAGUGGAGUCUCAUGGAGUUCACUACACAGCGUUUCAGAUGACUGGCUCUGCCAAGCAGUGUGAGAGGGAGCACAAGAGGAUCGAGUUUGAGGGUUUGCAGCAAGGUGGUAUGUCAGUUGCAGAGUAUGAGGGUAAAUUUCAUGCCAUGGAUAGGCAUGCUUCGAUGAUACUUCCUACAGAGGCUGAGGGAGUGAGGAGGUUUGUUAAGGGGCUGAUUAUUCUGAUUCGUCUAGGAGUUUCCCAGGUUGCUGCUUCUGGUGUUCCGUUAUGGAAAGUGGUGGAUGCUGCUAAGGAGUUGGAGAUGAUUCGACGUGAGGGAUUUGAGAAGCGUGAGGGCAAGAGGACCCGUUAUUCAGGUGAUUUUGGUGGUGCUCCGCCUAGGAGUCGAGGUUAUGGUUCAUCUUCUAGGCCUAUAGUUUGUGGAUGGCAUUCUGAUCAGUCAGGGUCCUCUCAUCAGCCUGCAUCUCGUAAGGGUUGUUUUGAGUGUGGCGAUAUGGGACACUUUGUGAGAGACUGCCCUAGGACCAGACGUGGUGACUUACAUCAGGGUUCUCAGGCUUCGACUUCCAAGGUUGCACAACCUCCAGCUAGGUGUGGUGCACAUAAUGGUAGAGGUGGUUCUCAUUCAGGUAGAGGUUGUUCUCCUUCAGGUCGAGGUGGUGGUCGUGCAGAGGCUGAAGCUUUAGGUGCUGUUAUCACAGGUAUUAUUCUGGUUAGUCAUCGAUCAGCUACUGUAUUAUUUGAUCCAGGCUCUACUUAUUCUUAUGUGUCCACAUAUUUUGCUCCUAUUCUAGAUAUAUUAUGGGAGUCUCUUGAUUUGUCGAUACGUGUUUGUACUCGUGUCGGGGAUUCUGUAGUUGUAGAUCGGGUGUAUCGAUUAUGUACUGUUACCUUGAUGGGGUAUGACACUCAUGCAGAUUUAAAGGUCUUAGAUAUGAUAGAUUUUAAUGUGAUUCUCGGUAUGGAUUGGUUAUCUUCUUACCACGCAAUUUUAAAUUGUCAUGCCAAGACAAUCACUUUACCUAUGCCUGGAAUUCCUAUAGUAGAAUGGAGAGGUUCCCUUAGUUACCCUCCUAAGGGUGUGAUAUCAUUUCUUAAGGCUCGUGAGUUGGUACAGAGAGGAUGUUUGGCUUACUUGACCCAUAUUCGAGAUACUAGUAUUGAGACUCCUAUGCUUGAGUCUAUUCCAGUAGUGAGUGAAUUUUCAGAAGUAUUUCCGACCGAUUUGCCAGGUCUUCCACCAGAUCAUGAUAUUGAUUUUUCUUUGAUGUGGAGCCAGGCACUCGGCCUAUUUCCAUUCCUCCUUAUCGUAUGGCACUGGCUGAAUUGGAAGAGUUGA